UGGAUUGCUUUAUUUGGAUCUUUCCAUUUUUGUGUUAUUCAUUCUGCUUAUUUCUUCCAGUUUGUGAAAUGAAGAAUCCUGCCUGAUGUAGUUACAAUGACAGUCCGCCCGUAUAUAGCUGCUGACAUGUGCACUGUGCUGCCAGAGGUGUUCAUCCACUCCUCAAAAUUAUUGAACUCAGGUGCCCCACUCUCUUCCGUACCUAUGGGAGCAUGCAAUCAACCACCCAGGCAUGCAUCCAGUUCCUACAGACAGUCGUAAAAGGAUCUCAACAAACUCCAGCAUGGUGCCAGGAUGGGAUGCCACGGCGCAGUGGGCCUAGGCCUGACACCUCAUGUCACCUGCAGAGUGUCCCUACCCCAAGACGUGGAGAGCUCCCAGAUAGGGGGCUCCAUGGUUGAACUGCCACAUCCACACCAACACCACCGAGUAUGAUGCAGGGCAUUGGCUCAUGAGGUGAAGUUGCUCCUCAGGAACUGUGAUCCAGUGAAAAUAACUCUUGAGGCUUCAACAUACCAAGACAUUUGAACAGCCUCCCAUUCCUGAACUCUAUGGACAACCUCCCCAGAGGAGUGGAAGCUGUUCUAACUGCAGAGGGUGGGCCAGCACCAAUGUGGACCCUAUGGGUCCAGAAUCGGCUUUGACUCAAGCUCCUUUGUAUGAGAAGACUGGUGGACAGAUGCUUUUGGCAACACAAUGAUGAACAGAGAAGAGGAACCGGAACGAAGCUUCACCCCUGUCAGCACUGUGAGGAGGCCUUCUCAACAUCACAGUCUUUAAAGCGUCAUCAACUUAUUCACACUGGAGAGAAGCCGUACAGCUGUGACCAGUGUGGCUCAGGUUUUAGACAGUUGUGCAGUCUAAAAGUCCAUCAACGUAUUCACACUGGAGAGAAGCCAUACAGCUGUGACCAAUGUGGGGCAGCUUUUAGAGAGUGGGGGAGUCUAAAGGUCCAUCAACGUAUUCACACUGGAGAAAAGCCAUACAGCUGUGACCAAUGUCUAGCAACUUUUAGAACAUUGGGGGAUCUAAAGGUCCAUCAACGUAUUCACACUGGAGAGAAGCCUCACCGUAUUCACACUGGGGAGAAGCCGUACAGCUGUGAUCAGUGUGGGUCAGGUUUUAGCCAGCUGGGGGGUCUAAAGUACCAUCAACGUAUUCACACUGGAGAGAAGCCGUACAGCUGUGACCAAUGUGGGUCAGCUUUUAGAGAAUUGAGGAUUUUAAAAGCCCAUCAACGUAUUCACACUGGAGAGAAGCCAUACAGCUGUGAUCAGUGUGGCUUAGGUUUUAGCCGGCUGGGGAGUCUAAAGUACCAUCAACAUAUUCACACUGGAGAGAGGCCGUUUUGGUGUGAACAGUGUGAGAAAACGUUCAUUACAGCAAGUAGACUAAAAGUCCAUCAACGUAUUCACACUGGAGAGAAGCCGCACAGCUGUGAUCAGUGUGGCUCAGGUUUUACACAGUUGGGGCAUCUAAACACCCAUCAACGUAUUCAUACUGGAGAGAAGCCGUAAGCUGUGACCAAUGUGGGUCAGCUUUUAGAGAAUUGAGGAGUCUAAAACUUCUUAGACUGUUAGGUCUAGGUCAAAGUGUUUAAGUGAAAUGCACAGUUAGGAAACAUUUUUCCCUGUACAAUGAAAUUCUUAUUUUGCUGUC